AGGUGACUCGUAACUGCUACUCUCAAUUCAUGCCUACUUUUUGAAUGAAUUAAAUUUAAGCUUUUCGUGGUGCUUCUCAUUAUCUCGUUAAUGCAACGAUUCCCAAACCCCCUCGUAAUGGUUAUUAUUUAUUAAUAUAAGUUCUGAAUACUUUUGAUCAAAGUUCUCACAUGAAAAUUAUUUUGGUCUAUUAGAAACGUUGCUGAAUAAUAAGAAAAGUAAGCAAGAUAAAGUAGAAAACCACAGCAUUCAAGUUGAAUCAAAGAAAGCGAUGAAUUAUUAGUGUCAAAGAUUGAAGUAAAGUGAAGAUAGGAGAAAAGUGAAGAUUGAAGUACAGUGAAGACUGAAGUAAAGUGAAGGUUGAAGUAAAGUGAAGAUUGAAGUAAAGUGAAGAUUGAAGUAAAGUGAAGAUUGAAGUAACGUGAAAAUUGAAGUAAAGUUAAAAUUGAAGUAAGGUGAAGAUUGAAGUAAAGUGAAGAUUGAAGUAAGGUGAAGAUUGAAGUAAAGUGAAGAUUGAAGUAACGUGAAGGUUGAAGUAAAGUAAAGUUCCAAGUGUUUCUUGAGCAAGUAAUGCGCUGAAGCUGCAGUCGCACGAUGGCCACGCUGAACUCUCUGUUCUCGUUCACGUCGCCGGCGGUGAAGAAACUCUUGGGCUGGAAACAAGGCGACGAGGAGGAGAAGUGGGCCGAGAAGGCUGUCGAGAGUCUCGUCAAGAAGUUGAAGAAGUCCAAGGGCGCCGUUGAGGAGCUGGAAAGGGCUUUAUCCAACCCGGGCCAGCCUUCCAAAUGCGUCACUAUCCCCAGGAGCCUGGAUGGGCGUCUGCAGGUGUCGCACCGCAAGGGCUUGCCACACGUCAUCUACUGCAGGGUGUGGCGCUGGCCAGACCUGCAGAGCCAUCACGAACUCAAGCCGCUCGAGCACUGCCAGUACCCCUUCAGCGCCAAGCAGAAGGAGGUCUGCGUCAACCCCUACCACUACAAGAGGGUUGAGAGUCCUGUGCUGCCGCCUGUGCUGGUGCCCCGACACUCAGAGUAUGCCCCCGGGCACUCGAUGCUUCCCUUCAACAACCAGCAAGUUAACGACGUGUCCAUGCCCGCCAACAUGAGCUACUCCCACAACGGCUUCGUCGCUGCCGGGUCCUCGCCCCCACCGCCAUCCAUGUCACAAGCUUCGACGUCGAACUCCCUGGCGUCGAAUGAUAGCCUGGGGCGCCUUGGGGGCUCGUCCCCCGUGGGGAGCGUCAGCCCUGCCUCCUCCUCCUGCUUCUCCCCCGACAGCGCCUACAGCACUUCGCUUACUGACGGCUUGUCCCCGCCCUACACCAACUCUGCUGAUGACCUCAAGCAGGACACCGCCAUGGAAGUGAUACAGUCGCCGCUCACCUCCUCUAUACCUCCCUCCAUAUCAUCGCCUAGCUUCAUGCCCGUAGAAUAUCAGGAAGCAGAGAGCUGGUCGAGUAUCGCGUAUUAUGAGCUCAACAACAGAGUCGGUGAAGUGUUCCACGCCACCACCUCCUCUGUUAUCGUCGACGGCUUCACAAACCCAAGUCACAAUUCCGAAAGAUUUUGUCUCGGCCUCUUAUCCAACGUCAACAGAAACUCCACCAUCGAGAAUACGAGAAGACACAUUGGUAAAGGAGUCCACUUGUACUACGUCGCCGGCGAGGUGUACGCGGAGUGUCUUUCAGACUCGGCAAUUUUCGUGCAGUCGCGUAACUGUAACCAUCAUCACGGCUUCCACCACUCGACCGUGUGCAAAAUCCCACCCAACUGCUCUCUCAAAAUAUUCAAUAACCAAGAGUUUGCUCAGCUGCUCUCGCAAAGCGUAAAUCAUGGCUACAGGGCCGUCUUCGACCUCACCAAGAUGUGCACUAUUCGGAUGUCGUUUGUGAAGGGCUGGGGCGCUGAGUACCACAGACAAGAUGUCACCAGCACGCCAUGUUGGAUUGAAAUCCACUUGUCAGGGCCGCUCAAGUGGCUCGACACCGUCAUCACGCAGAUGGGCGCUCCCAACGACGUUAUUUCUUCUGUUACGUAAAGGCUCGUCAGCUCGCCCUCCCCUUCAUGCACGCUUCAUUCUCAUCUCCCCGAUCAGGAAACUUCGGGAUAUUUCUCAGUGUAAUUUAAUGCAUCGAUGUUUUCAUGCGUGAAGUUCGUCAUCAUUGGCCGUUUGUGUGCAUCAUUGAUUUGUUGCAUCAAGUGAUGGUUGAUGAGUUCCUUAUCACGGAUUAGUUGUGUACAGAGCUUUAGUUCCUGCCACAUCGUGCAUACGUAAUCAAUAUUCCUCAAUAUUCUGAUCGACUCCAAAAUCUGUAGAAGAGCCGCUUCGUAGCCAGAAAUAUUUGGGCGAUGGCACGGCUGUUGCUUUAGAGAACGCCAAUAAAAUAUUGGUGCCAGGCCGAUUCUGAGAAUUGCUUUGGACCUCAUCUCAGCCGCCAUAGUCCACAGAAUAUCUGCAGGUUUAUUGGGAUUUGGUGCGAUUUCCAUGACGGAGCUGUCCCAGUUUAACGUGCAAUUCGAGUGCAAUUUGCUUUAAUCUGACAUCAUGCUGAUCUUUGCUUAGAGUAAAGCAUUGCUGUCUCGAGAAAUUAUUUAUUUGUUAAAGUCAGCGAUGUUCAUGUUCGCAGUUCUUAAUUAAUGUAUGAAAUUGUGCUCCUUCGUGACAGACUCAUGCUUCAUGUCUGUUGCAUAGCAGCGCCUGACCUUCCCCCCUGAACGCGUAGUCUCGAACAGCUCCGCUGAAGUUUGCUCCUCGGUAGUCUCAUUGAAAAGCUCAAGUGGAUUCUAGAGCAUCACUAAAGACCGAAAAACGAGACUAAAUAACUUGAACAAAUUGUCAUACAAGACAAAAAACAGAAUGUAUCGCUAUAGGUUUUUUUUUUGUUGUGCUAUCCUGAAACCAAAUAUCUGCAAGCUGCAUCGACCAAACAUGAAGCCUUACGCAUCUGCCUGUCUGUUGACCUCAUCAGCGCCUUAUUAUUGCUAUCGCGAAUAUUAGUAUUAUUUGAUAGAUGAUUCUGCAUCUUUAUCCCACACAUCUCAGUCGUUGAUUAAGUUACCUACGUCGUUUGCAUAGAUUAUGUUCGUUCUGGGCUAAUGAACCUUUCUCCUACACAAAAUAUUCUUCGUCGGCACCUAACUUACACUUGUAUAGAAUUGCAUGCCGUAUCUUUCUUCUUCAUUUCGUCUUUUUAACGAUAAGAUCAUGUGUAAUUAGUCACGGUGUGUUCGAGUCUUCUCAGUCCGCAAAUUCGUCCCUAGGAACAUGCCUAGAAAGAUGAAGCUGGUACUAAGGAGACAUUAAUAGAGUUAAUAAUAGUUAAUAGACACUUAGAAACUCUAGCAGCCGGCGAGAAGUGGCAUAUGCGGUGGGGUUUUGAUGACUUUGUUUAUCCGGUGUGUCGCUUGGAUCUCCUUCCCAGCUAAAAUUUUUGACCAAUAUAAUUAUAAGAAAUGUUGAUAAAAUGUAAGUAUUCUUAGGAGGAAAAAGUUGUGCCAUAAGUUCGUAAGUGAAAGUAACUGAAUCUUGCAAUAAAUGUAGCCAUUAAUAAGCCUAUGGAAGUUUAAUUUAUAAAUUAUGACUUUUCGCAUGUCUCUGGUCUGUUUUAUCAGGUAGAAAUAUCUUUUUUACAUUCAUUGAAUUAAGGUUUGUAAAUCUGCUUGAAAAAUUUACUUUUAACUCCAAGCGAUGUAUUCCGGUAAGGCUGUUCCUGACUUCUUUCAUUUUGAGUUUCGGAAAAAAAUUCUGGCUGUUCUUAUUUUUAGGUGUAUUAAAGUAUAUUUACUGCAAUGUGUAAGAGGACCUCAAAAUAUCGCUCUUAACUUUGGACAAGUUUGAGGCGUAAGUCAUGCCUCGCCUUGAUAAUUAUUUGUAGUUCUGCAUUGUCUGUUUAAUCAAAGAAUUCCAAGCACUGGUAAGGGGAAGAAAAAUAUUUCCUCUUCUUUUUGAGCCCUUCACAUAAAUUACGAGAUGGUUAAAUCGUUUGAAUCAUGAAGCAUAAGCCAUAAGAAGCGUGCAAAGUAAAA